AUGAAAUCUCACUGGCGUUCGCUCCUCACUGCAGUGCUGCUUGUCACUCUCGUUCCUAACGUCGUUAGAGCGCGGAUACUCAAAGAUCCCACUGAGGUCGUCCGUAACAAGUAUGAUUUCAUCGUUAUUGGAGGUGGUACCGCGGGUCUUGUUAUCGCGAACAGACUUAGUGAGAUACCACAGAAUACUGUUCUUGUCAUCGAGGCCGGUAUUUCAAAUGAAGGGAUUGAAGACGCCAUCGUUCCCUUAUUUGGUCCGGACUUGACGCCGGACAAGGCAUGGGAUUGGAACUACACGGUCACUCCUCAAAGUGCCUUGAACAAUCGCACCUUCCCUUACCCGCGAGGCCGGCUCCUGGGCGGCAGCAGCUCAGUCAACUAUGUCGUCUACAACAAGGGAUCCUCCGACGACUUUGAUCGGUGGGCGAAUGUCACGGGUGAUCAGGGUUGGUCAUGGAAUGCUCUACAGCCUUACAUGAAAAAGAACGAACGGUUGACACCGCCAAGCGAUGGCCACAACACCACCGGACAGUUUAUUCCCGAGGCGCACGGCUUCGAUGGAACUCUUUUGACUAGCUUACCUGGAUUUCCGACACCCAUCGACUCCAGAAUUUUGAAUGCCACGACGCAGGUCCCGGGUUAUCCUUUCAAUGCCGAUAUGAAUCAAGGAAAUGAGCUUGGCAUCGGUUGGGUAUUCAGCUCCAUCGGGAAUUCCAAACGCAGCAGUUCCGCCACGGCAUAUCUAGGGCCGAGCGUGGCUGCGCGGCCAAACCUGGACGUUCUGAUCCAGACUCAAGUGAUCAAGCUGUCGAGUACUGGUAGAAAGGGAGGCAAACCCGUCUUCACCCGCGUAGAAUUCUCUCAGGGGCCACAAGAUCCGACAUUCGCGCUGACAGCACAAAAGGAAGUAAUUCUGUCCGCAGGAUCAAUUGGGACACCUCAGCUUUUACUGCUGUCUGGCAUCGGAGACCCCGCAGAACUUAAACAGUCAGGAAUUAAGGCCCUCGUCGACUUGCCAGACGUGGGAAAGAAUAUGGGAGAUCACGCACUGCUCCCAAAUCAGUUUUAUGUCAAUUCGAACGAGACUUGGGAAGCAAGACGUGAUCCUGUCGUGUUCCAAUCUCAGCUUUCUGAAUACAACCAAACGGGACAAGGCCCGCUCGUCGACACCAUAUGCAACCAUAUCGGAUGGCUUCGCGUUCCCGACGACUCGGGCAUUUGGCAUAACGCGACCGAUACGUCGGCAGGACCAACUGCACCACACUAUGAACUUGUCUUCGCCAAUGGUUUCGUCGGAGUCAUUCAGCCCACUCCGGACACCGGAAGUUUCUUUACUAUAAUCAGUAAUCUAGUAUCGCCUGCAUCGCGUGGCCAGUUGACACUUCGUUCUAGCAGCCCAUGGGAUUACCCCUUGAUUGAUCCUGGCUUCCUUACUGCCCCUAUCGACUUGAUGAUCCUUCGCGAGGCGUACAAAAGUGCUCGCACUUUCAUUGCUGCACCCGCAUUCGACGGCUAUAUCAUAGGGCCGUAUGGAACAGCCGGAGCGAGCUCAGACGACGAGAUUGACGCCUACAUCCGCAACUUUACAACGAGCGUCUGGCAUCCUGUUGGGACUGCUGCAAUGAGUGCUACGUCUUCCAAAAACGGUGUCACGAAGCCCGACUUGUUAGUCAAAGGCGUCUACGGUCUCCGCGUUGUCGAUGCGUCUGUUAUGCGGUGUACAUCAUUGCUGAGCGCGCUGCGGACCUUAUCAAAUCCGCCUGGAGGCAAGGAGGUUCCAAUGUCGAAUCCUCAGGCUAGACGGAAUGAAUGGUACACAGGCACGGGCCUUGAGAAAUACUUGAAUAUCCCCGUUUCUCUCUAUCUUUGUCAUAAUGACAUAUCAUCGCACUUGAUUCCAAAUGAUGAGGCCUGA